AUGGUCUAUGAGCUAGACUGUGAACACCUGGAAGGAUUAGCUGAACCAUCCUGUGUUGCAAAACAUGAAGAUAGUUUGUUUAAGGAUUUAUUUCAAGACUACGAAAGAUGGGUUCGUCCUGUGGAAUACCUGAAAGACAAAAUAAAAAUAAAGUUUGGCCUUGCAAUAUCUCAAUUAGUGGAUGUGGAUGAGAAAAAUCAGUUAAUGACAACGAACGUCUGGCUGAAACAGGAGUGGAUAGAUGUAAAGUUAAGAUGGCGCCCUGGCGACUAUGGUGGAAUAAAAAUUAUACGUGUCCCUUCAGACUCUCUCUGGACCCCAGACAUUGUUUUGUUUGAUAAUGCAGAUGGACGUUUUGAAGGGGCCAGCACGAAAGCAGUCGUCAGGUGGUUGAAGAUUGGAAAUUCAUAGCGCAGGUGCUUGAUCGGAUGUUUCUAUGGACUUUUCUUCUGGUUUCCAUUGUUGGAUCUCUUGGGCUUUUUGUUCCUGUUAUU